AUGAUUGCAAACUCAAAUAGAAUUCAAACCAAACCAUCAGCAUUGUUAUCAGUCAGUGCCGAGCUUUAUGGCUUCCCUCAACCCUCAAAUGCCAACAAACAAAUAAUAAAUUGGAAUGCUUGGACUUGGGUAGAUUCUAAAACAUGUUAUGUUUCAGAUACUAGUAACUUUUUAUACAAAUCUGUAAAUUCUGGUUUUACAUUUCAAAAAUUGGCAUUACCCAAUGGAGAAGGUGUACCAGUACAAGAUAUUCUCUUUGACGCUGUCAAUCCAAUGAUGGUUAUGACCAUUUCACCACCAACUCAACCAAAGACCUAUAUGCUCAUCUCUCAAGAUGGCGGUCAGUCCUUUUUACUCCAUGUUAUCAAUGUUGCUCUCACAUCGCUCAAAGUCAACCCUAGAGUCACUGGUAAUUUGAUUGCAAUGAAUAACAACAAGAACCUCUACGUCUCUACCGAUUUUGGUGUCACUUGGAAUCAAAUCUUGACCUCUCUCAAGAUUAAAGAAGCUUAUUGGGAUCCUGCAAGUACCGAUUCUGAUGAAUCACUUGUUGGUAUUUUUGCCAUUGGAACAAAGGCUGAUGGAACUUCAUCAUUGAUUUAUACAUCUGAUUUUGGAAAGACCACCACUAGUAUUAUUGAUGGUGCCAAAGAUAUCGACUCUACUGACAAUUAUUUAUAUGUUGCCGCCACUUUUGGUGCUGGCACCAGUCUCUAUGUUCGUUCAAAUCAAGAUCCAGUCAGCAAUAAUGUAAUGGGUUUCUUACAAUGUCAAUUCCCAUUUGGUAAAGUUGUUGAAACUAAUGAAUUUGCAGUUUUGGAUGAUACAACUGGAGCUAUUUGGUUGGGUAUUUCACCAAAGUCUACAGCAACCUCUCCACCAUAUUCAAGCAUUUAUGUAUCAAAUUCCUAUGGUAACAUUUUCACUCUUCAAGCUCAAUAUGUCAACCAUAAUCACGACAUGGAUAACAGAUUCGAUAGCUAUGAUUUCACUCCAUUCUAUGGUCUCCCAGGUGUCUACAUUAUCAACAAUGUCACCAACCCAUAUCAAGCCGGAGCCAACAAGAGUCCAAUCUUGAGAUCUCUCAUUUCCUACAACAAUGGUGGUAACUGGGCUCAACUUGCUGCUCCAUUACCAAAUCCAAACAAGCAAAACUCUUUAAAUAUUUUUGGACAAACUACUUAUACCAAAAGAGGAUAUGGUGCAUUCUAUUCACAUGAUCAUGCACCCGGUCUUGCAUUUGCCAGUGGUAUUGUAAACAAUGGUAUCUCUCCAUCUGCUCCAUUAAACAAAAUUAGCACCUUUUUAACAAGAGAUGGUGGUCAAAGUUGGAAUGCAGUUUUCGAUAACCCAUCCAUCUAUGAAUUUGUAAACUAUGGUUCCAUUCUUGUUUAUGCUGAUACUGGUAUCAACACUAAUAAUAUCUCAUAUUCAAUUGAUGGUGGUUUAACAUUUAUUGAUUAUACAUUUGAUACUGCUACUGGUGUAAUGUAUGAUAUUCAAGAUAUUCAAAAUGAUCCAAACACUACAUCAUUGGUCGCUAUUAUUUUGUGUACUGCCAAUGGUAAUGGAUACGCCUUUUCAAUCGAUUUCUCAACGAUUGGUCUCCCAGUUUGCGAUCCAACCAAGGAUUACGAAUAUUUUGUGACCAAUGACAUUCUUGGUGCCCAAAUCAACUAUACCCGUAUCAAGCAAGGAUCGACUUGCACUCUCACCGGUGUCUUGCCCGAGCCACAAUACAUCUACUCUGUAUGUACCUUUGAUGACUUUGAGUGCGACCUUGGUUUCGUUGACAUUUCCUACAAUGACAGUCAGUUGAUCUGUGCUAUCGAUCCAAACUUUACUCCACCAAACGACUGGCAAGCCGACCCACCAUCCGACUGUCCACUCGACACUACCUAUGCCAUUAGCAGAGGCUACCGUAUGAUUGCUGGCGACGUUUGCAUCAAUGGCAUCUCAUCGGAACUCAUGCCAACCAUCAAAAACUGUCCAACGUCGUCUGUCUUUAAAAAGAACAAGUGGCUCGCUCCAUUUAUCAUCAUCCUCGUCUUGGUAUUUGCUGGCAUUGGUAUUUUCUUCUUCUUGCACAAGAACCCAGAGGUCAAGGAAAAGAUCUUGAAGAAAUUGGGUCUCAGCAAGGACCAAAAGUAUAGCUCCCUUGGCAUCAGACCAAACUCUUUGGCCGACGACGAAUUUGGUAUCGAAGAUGAUGACGCUCAAAUUUUAAAUGAUAAUGAUUUAAAUAAUGAUGAAUUUUAA